CUCAAACCGUAUAAAAAUGUAGCACGAUAAUGACAUAUUUAUAAAUGUAGAUAAUCUGUAGUUAAUAUACCAUACUUUAUAAUUUUAAUAACCGUAUAAUUAAAAUGCUACCUAGAGAUAAAGAAGCAUCCUUUAUAGAGUCUGAAGGUGUUAGCUCAGCCAAGAGUCCAUUAUCAAGUUCAGUAUCUCCAUAUAAUGAAGAAAAUGGUCACGAUAAUCAAAGUAGAUGGAGAUCAUUUAAGGAUUCGUUUAAACCAGCUAUUGAAUACGAAAAAUUACAUAGUAUUGAAGAUGAAGACUCAAUGACUGAUAUUCAAAGAAUUAACCUUAAUACUUCAAAAUCAAAGCUAAAGAGAAAGUUAAAGAAUAGACAUUUACAAAUGAUUGCCAUUGCAUCUUCGAUUGGAUCCGGGUUAUUAAUUGGUACUGGUAGUGCCUUAAAUACUGGUGGUCCAGCUGGUGUCUUAAUCGCAUGGGCCCUUACUGGUUCUGCUAUACUAUGUACCAUUCAAGCUAUGGCAGAAUUGGCAGUUACAUUCCCAAUUAGUGGAUCAUUUAAUGUUUAUGCCAGUAGAUUCAUAGAUCCAAGUGUUGGUUUCUCAGUUGCUUGGAAUUACUUUUUCCAAUUCUUAGUUUUAUUACCAUUGGAAUUGGUUGCAGGAUCAAUUACUAUGGAAUAUUGGAAUACUAAUGUUAAUCCAGAUGUUUGGGUAUUAAUAUUCUAUAUUGUGGUUGCAUCUAUUAAUUUAUUCGGAGUCAGAGCUUAUGGAGAAGCAGAAUUUGUAUUUUCAACUUUAAAAGUAUUGGCUGUCAUUGGUUUUAUCAUUGUUUCAAUUAUUUUAGCUGCAGGUGGUGGUCCAACUGGUCAUUAUGUUGGAGCUCUUUACUGGCAUACUCCUGGCCCAUUUGCUAAUGGAUUUAAAGGUGUUGCAUCAGUCUUUGUUACUGCUGCUUUCUCAUUUGGUGGUACAGAACUUGUGGGACUUACAGCAGCUGAAGCAUUCAAUCCUAGAAAAUCUUUACCUAAAGCAACUAAACAAGUAUUUUGGAGAAUCAUGAUGUUUUAUAUGGUUUCUAUUACAUUAAUUACAUUCUUAGUUCCAUAUAAUUCUGAUAGAUUAUUAGGUGCCAGUUCAGUUGAUAUCACUGCUUCACCAUUUGUUAUUGCUAUUCAAAAUGGUGGUAUUAAAGGGUUGCCAUCGGUUAUGAAUGCUGUUAUUUUAAUCUCAGUUAUUUCUGUUGGAUCAUCAUCUGUUUAUGCCACAUCAAGAACAUUGACCGCAUUAGCAGAACAAGGUUUAGCACCAAAGAUUUGUGGAUAUAUUGAUAGAGCUGGAAGACCUUUAGUUGCUAUCACAAUAACUAACGUAUUUGGAUUAUUAAGUUUUAUUGCUGCUAGUGGUAAACAAGCUCAAGUAUUUGACUGGUUAUUAUCAAUUUCUGCAUUAAGUUCUAUCUUUACAUGGUUAUCUAUUUGUCUUGCCCAUAUAAGAUUUAGAAGAGCUUUAAAAUCUCAAGGUAGAGAUACUGAUGAAUUAGCAUUCACAUCUCAAACUGGAGUUAUUGGAUCAUGGUUUGGUGUUAUUUUAAAUACUUUAGUUAUUAUUGCACAAUUCUGGUUAUCAUUAUUCCCAUUAGGUGACGCACCAAAUGCCGAAGGAUUUUUUGAAGGUUAUUUAGGAUUUGUCAUAUUAAUUGUCUUCUAUGUUGGUCAUAAAAUCUGGAGAAAGAAUUGGAUCUUAUUUAUUAGAGCUAAAGAUAUUGAUAUUGAUAGUGGUAGAAGAGAAACUGACAUUGAAGCAUUAAAACAAGAAUUGGCAGAAGAACGGGCGGUAUUACGUUCUAAACCAUUGUACUAUAGAAUAUAUCGUUACUGGUGUUAAGUAUUAGAUUGCAUAUAAUAAAUAAACAAUAAAUAAUUACUAUUAUUAUUAUUAUUAUUACUAUUAUUACUUUGUAUUAUAUAAUUGGUAAUCGUCCCCCA